AUGGCUGCACAACAACAAGAACUAGAUGAGAAGAACCCAUUCUAUGAGUUAGUUGUCAUUUGUAGUACUUCUGGUCAAUUUGACCAAACCGUCAAUUCGUUCAAAGAUAUUAUAAAGAAGUCUAAGUUAGUAUGUAUAAAGGAUACUGAGUUGUUAGAUUGGAUAAAGAAGUACCAAAGAAGAGUUUUGAAGUAUAAUGCUAUAAAUGAGUAUAUAAAUUCUAAGUUCAAAGACCCAAAUGAGGAAAUGCAGAGAAUAUUAGAGAAGAAACACUUCAGAAACAAACAGAAAGAGAUAGAAUACAUUUCGAAGAAAUUGCAAUCUUACGAUUGGAAGACUUACCCUCAUAGAUGUCUUCUUAUCUUAGAUGACUUUGCUUCUCAUCCUUUGUUAAAGAAUAGAGAACAAGAUAUGUGUCGAAUUCUUAAGAAGCUCAGACACUUUAACAUCUCAGUUGUCAUUUGUGUACAGACAGCAAAGAGUUUAAGUAAGGAUGUUAAAAGAAUACUUACUGACAUUAUACUUUUCCCCGGAUUGUCCGAAGACGAUUUCAUGGAACUUAUGAAAGAGUCCAUGGCAGGUAAGUUUGACAGAUAUGAACUAUGGGAGAAGUACAAAGUCAUACAAGACCCUCAUACUUCUUUCAGAAUUCAUAUCUACGCAAACAAAGUUCAAAUUGUAAAAAGUCAAGCUUGA